UUUUCUGCAACAGUUUGCUUUGCUGUAUGUUCAUGCUGUAUCAUGACGCAUGUGGACUGCAUCUGGGUUCUCUCCUUGUUCCUGUCUCUGAAUUUAGGAUGGACGAAGGCUCAGGAGACCAACAACACCAGGCCUGUGUUCCACUGUGGAGGUGACCUGGUCACAGACUCAGGCUUUGUUGGCAGUGAGGGGUUCCCAAGCUUCUACAAACCCAACAGCAAAUGUACCUGGCGUAUCACUGUCCCAGAGGGAACCGUGGUCAUGCUCACUUUCCGCAUUUUUGACCUGGAGGCUGACUCACAAUGCCGCUAUGACUAUCUGGAUGUUUACAAUGGCCAUUCCAACUUGGUGCAAAAGCUAGGCCGCUUUUGUGGAACUUUCCGGCCUGGUGCUCUUAUUUCUACCACAAACACCAUGAUGCUGGAGAUGGGGUCUGAUGCAGAGACGCAGGGCAGAGGGUUUGUGGCCUAUUUCAGUGGAGCCAAACCGUACGUCGAUGAUCAACAGUUCUGUGGGGGGAAGAUAACAAAAGCCCAGGGUGAGAUCAAGACGCCCAACUGGCCUGACAAGAAAUACCCUGCAGCAACCAGCUGCUCCUGGCUCAUCACUGUGGAGCCUGAUAUGGUAAUCCAGGUGAAGUUUGACAAGUUUUUCUUGGAGGCUGACACCUAUUGUCGGUUUGACUAUGUGGCAUUCUUUAACGGUGGAGAGAAAGAUGAUUCACGGCUGAUUGGAAGAUACUGUGGCGAUCAGGCCCCACAGCCCAUUAUUACCAGUGGCAACGUGCUACUAGUCCAGUUUGUGUCCGACUCUAGUGUGACAUCCGAUGGAUUCCUCGCCCACUAUACCAGUGUCCCAAGUGGUUCUCAGAUAACAGCAUUCAACUCAGGAGCCGGUACGAGGUCCAUUCCCCAAAAACCUGCAGUCAAACCAGCCGCGCCUAAAGUACCUGCCACCACCAUACAACAACCAGUCCAAACCGCCAAAUAUGUGCCACCUGAGCCCACCAGGAGACCCAAACCAGUCAAACCCACAAGAGGCCGUGGACAGGGCGCAACAAGCCAGGACAAGAGGGUUCCCGUCACAAGGCCAAUUGGAAAGAGGCCCGUCCCUCAAAAUCCCCUGUGUGCCAAAGCCUGUAAAAGAGAUGGAACCAUCAAAAUCAGUUUCUGUGCCAGUGAAUUUGUGAUAACUGGGAAGGUGACCUCUCUUACCCCCGGGCCUCGAGGUACUCUUCACAUUAGCGUCUCUCUGAUUAAGGCCUACAAAGCAGGUCAACUAACAAUUUCGCAAGUCGGAGAGACCAUGUCUGUUAAACUGGUGUCACAGUGCAAGAAGUGCCCGUUGCUCCGCAGAGGUGCCAAUUACAUUAUCAUGGGUCAAGUGGAUGAAGACGGACGUGGUACCCUGGAACCUGGUGCAUUCACAGCUCCAUACAAAGCCCCACAUGACAGAUUAUUAAUGAAUAUCAACAACCAACCCUGUUAACCUCACUCUGUAAAGGCGAGGAAAUUCAGAUGACAUAUCAAACACACAAAUCCAGACAUUACAAUGUGAAAUAGAGAUCUAGUAAUGCACGAAAUUACAGUAAAAAAUAACUUCAGUUUGGUCCACCAUUUUAAAGGAAUACAAAUAAUUUUAUUCAAACACCUGCCAACCUAAUGUUUGUAAUUUAUAUAUGAAUAAAGGUUUUAUAUCUCUUUCAAA